AUGGAGAUGCUGGAAGGAGCUGAUCUCUGUUUUCCACACCUUCUCAACGCCUCCUGCAGGAAACAAAUGCGUCCUCAGUCUGAAGCCUUGCUCCUUUCCAUUCUGCUGUCCUUCAUCUCUCUGCUGACUGUAGCUCUUAACCUCCUGGUCAUCAUCUCCAUCUCCCAUUUCAGGCAGCUCCAUACCCCGACCAACCUCCUCCUCCUCUCGUUGGCUGUCUCAGACUUCCUCGUGGGCAUUCUGUUGAUGCCAGUAGAGGGAUUUCGCUUCUUAGGGGCCUGCUGGAUGUUGGGUGACUUUCUGUGUGCUCUGUUCUAUUUUGUGGCCUAUGUCAUUACUUCUGCUUCAGUCGGAAACAUGGUGCUCAUAUCAAUCGAUCGCUAUGUGGCUAUUUGUGACCCCCUGCACUACCCAACCAAAAUCACCCAGAGAAGAGUCCAAGUCUGUGUUUGUCUGUGCUGGGUCUGUUCUGUUCUCUACAACACUCUGAUGCAAACAGACAACUUAAAUCAAUUGAGCAGUUAUUAUUCCUGCUAUGGAGAAUGUGUUUUCAUUUCCCAUUACAUUGCAGGAGCUGUUGACCUUGUUAUCACCUUUACUAUUCCAAUUGUUGUCAUUGUGUUUCUGUAUAUGAGCGUGUUCAUUGUGGCUGUAAAACAGGCACGUGCUAUGUCGUUUCAUAUCACCACCAUUAAGCCUGGUGUGGUGACUAUAACGGCUAGGAAAUCUGAGCGGAAAGCAGCUAGGACACUUGGUAUUGUCAUAGUUGUGUUUCUGAUAUGUUUCUGUCCUUAUUACUAUCCAGCCUUUGUAGGUGUGGACACAGAACUUAACAGUUUGUCUUCAUCCUUGGUGGUCUUCCUUUUCUUUUCAAACUCCUGUGCAAACCCUGUGAUCUAUGUCUUUUUCUAUCCGUGGUUUAGAAGAACUAUUAAAGUCAUAGCCACUCUUGAGAUACUGCAGACUAACUCCUGCAAGAUGAACAUACUGUAG